CAUUGACACUACUCCGAGUCUCCAGUUGCGCCCAUGCCUGUGCCGCCAGUUUCGUUUUAGGGGCUGAAACGCAGGGGCUGAAGAAAAUGGGGCAGAGCGCGCCCCGGACCCUCCUGCUGCUGCUGGCGGGGCUGCUGGGGGAGGCUCUGGCAGGGUUCCCCAACACCAUCAGUAUAGGUGGACUUUUCAUGAGGAACACUGUUCAGGAGCACAGUGCGUUUCGAUUUGCUGUGCAGUUAUACAACACAAACCAAAAUACCACAGAGAAGCCCUUCCAUUUGAACUAUCAUGUAGAUCACUUGGACUCUUCCAACAGUUUUUCGGUGACAAAUGCUUUCUGUUCACAGUUUUCCAGAGGAGUUUACGCCAUCUUUGGAUUCUACGACCAGAUGUCAAUGAACACGCUGACGUCAUUUUGUGGAGCCCUUCACACAUCCUUUGUCACACCCAGCUUCCCAACAGAUGCAGAUGUGCAGUUUGUCAUCCAGAUGCGGCCAGCAUUAAAAGGAGCCAUCUUGAGUCUCUUGACUCAUUAUAAGUGGGAAAAGUUUGUGUACCUCUACGACACAGAAAGGGGAUUUUCCAUUCUUCAGGCGAUUAUGGAAGCAGCAGUACAGAACAACUGGCAAGUGACAGCCAGAUCUGUAGGAAGCAUAAAGGAUGUUCAAGAGUUCAGAAGAAUUAUAGAAGAGAUGGACAGGCGGCAAGAAAAAAGAUACUUAAUUGACUGUGAAGUAGACAGAAUCAACACCAUUUUGGAACAGGUUGUAAUCCUCGGCAAACAUUCUAGAGGCUAUCACUACAUGUUAGCUAACCUGGGUUUCACAGACAUUGUUCUGGAGAGAGUAAUGCAUGGAGGUGCCAACAUUACUGGAUUCCAGAUUGUUAAUAAUGAAAACCCAAUGGUUCAACAGUUUCUACAACGCUGGGUGAGGCUCGAUGAAAGAGAAUUCCCUGAAGCCAAAAAUUCACCAUUAAAGUAUACGUCUGCAUUGACCCAUGAUGCCGUCCUGGUCAUAGCAGAGGCUUUCCGUUACCUCCGAAGACAGCGUGUUGAUGUCUCCAGGCGAGGUAGUGCUGGAGACUGCCUGGCUAACCCUGCAGUACCGUGGAGCCAAGGGAUUGAUAUAGAAAGAGCGCUGAAAAUGGUGCAGGUUCAAGGAAUGACAGGGAACAUCCAGUUUGACACCUAUGGGCGGAGAACAAAUUACACAAUUGAUGUGUAUGAAAUGAAAGCCGCUGGAUCACGGAAGGCUGGUUAUUGGAACGAAUAUGAAAGAUUUGUGCCAGCAUUAGAUCAGCUGCCCUCUAAUGACACUUCAUCUGUGGAGAACAGAACUAUAGUAGUCACUACCAUCUUGGAAUCACCAUAUGUAAUGUAUAAGAAAAACCAUGAACAACUAGAAGGGAAUGAGAGAUAUGAAGGAUAUUGUGUAGACUUAGCUUCUGAAAUAGCAAAACAUGUUGGAAUAAAAUACAAACUGUCAAUUGUUGGAGAUGGGAAAUAUGGAGCUAGGGACCCUGAGACUAAGAUAUGGAAUGGCAUGGUGGGUGAACUGGUCUAUGGGAGAGCAGAUAUAGCUGUUGCCCCCCUCACCAUAACAUUGGUGCGAGAAGAAGUCAUAGACUUUUCCAAACCCUUUAUGAGCCUGGGCAUCUCCAUCAUGAUCAAGAAGCCUCAGAAAUCUAAACCGGGCGUAUUCUCUUUCCUGGAUCCUUUGGCUUACGAAAUUUGGAUGUGUAUAGUCUUUGCUUACAUUGGCGUCAGCGUAGUUCUUUUCCUAGUCAGCAGAUUCAGCCCUUACGAAUGGCACUUGGAAGACAGCAGUGAAGAACCACGUGACCCUCAGAAUCCUCCCGACCCUCCAAAUGAGUUUGGAAUAUUUAACAGCCUUUGGUUUUCCCUGGGUGCCUUUAUGCAGCAAGGAUGCGAUAUUUCUCCAAGAUCUCUCUCAGGGCGAAUUGUCGGAGGAGUCUGGUGGUUCUUCACUCUCAUCAUUAUCUCUUCCUACACUGCUAAUCUUGCUGCCUUCCUUACGGUGGAAAGGAUGGUUUCUCCCAUAGAGAGCGCAGAGGACCUGGCCAAACAAACCGAAAUAGCCUAUGGCACUUUGGAUUCAGGCUCAACUAAAGAAUUCUUUAGAAGGUCAAAAAUAGCCGUCUACGAGAAAAUGUGGUCGUACAUGAAGUCGGCCGAGCCCUCAGUGUUCACCAAAACGACGGCGGAUGGGGUGGCGAGGGUGCGGAAGUCGAAGGGGAAGUUUGCCUUCCUGCUGGAGUCGACGAUGAACGAGUACAUCGAGCAGCGCAAGCCCUGCGACACCAUGAAAGUUGGCGGCAACCUGGAUUCCAAGGGCUAUGGUGUAGCAACCCCCAAAGGCUCAGCAUUAAGAAAUGCUGUUAACCUGGCAGUAUUAAAACUGAAUGAGCAAGGCCUCUUGGACAAAUUGAAAAACAAAUGGUGGUACGACAAAGGAGAGUGCGGCAGCGGGGGAGGUGACUCCAAGGACAAGACGAGCGCUCUGAGCCUGAGCAAUGUUGCCGGGGUUUUCUAUAUCCUUGUCGGAGGCCUCGGGCUGGCCAUGAUGGUGGCGCUGAUCGAGUUCUGCUACAAGUCUCGGGCCGAGUCUAAGCGAAUGAAACUCAACAAGAACACGCAGAACUUCAAACCUGCACCUGCCACCAACACCCAGAAUUACGCUACGUACAGAGAAGGCUACAACGUGUACGGCACAGAAAGUGUGAAAAUCUAGGGAUCCUCACCCUGACAGCACGCAAGAGGAGAAGCAGCAGAGAAUGUGGCUACUUCACGGAUUCGGACCACCUGAGCCAGUCGUACUCUCUCCGAGGUGUCAGGCAUGACACGCAUUGAUGAUGGUGCAAUGUACUUUUAAUAGGAAAAACUGGUAUUUUUUCCUUCAGUGCCUUAUGGAAGACUCUGAGACUCACAACAAUGCAAACCAUCACCGAAAUAUUCUUGCUUUGCUUGAAAGAAGUAAAAGUAAAAAGAAAAGAAGAGGGAAAAAAAGAAGAGAAGAGAGAAGAGAAGAGAAGAGAAGAGAGAAGAAAAAAGAAAAGAAAAAAGAAAAAAGAAAAGAAAAGAAAAGAAAAGAAAAGAAAAGAAAAGAAAAGAAAAGAAAAGAAAAGAAAAGAAAAGAAAAGAAAAGAAAAGAAAAGAAAAGAAAAGAAAAGAAAAGAAAAGAAAAGAAAAGAAAAGAAAAGAAAAGAAAAGAAAAGAAAAGAAAAGAAAAGAAAAGAGAAAAGAGGCAAAAGAGAAAAAGAAAAUAGAAAAAGAACGGAGAAAAAGAAAGGAGAAAAUAAAAGAAAAAGGAAAAGAGAAAAAGAAAAAA